AGCAUGCUGAAGUUUUACAUAGAUCCCACACGAACCACCAAACAACAUACGGUUCUCCUUUGAAUACUCACAGUGCUUAUAGCAAUAGUCCAUUAGCGCCUCAUGUACCGAAUGCUACAAUAGCCGGCCAGUCAGGUACUCCGCUAUAUCUUUUAUGAUUUUCUAUGCUUCUAGUCGCAUACUCACAAUCCCAAUUCCCAUUAAUGCUGGUACCAAAGUGCGGUUGACUAAGGCGUGAUGUUCAAAGGAGCGGAAUCAUUCUCCCAGGCUUCCCGGAAGCCCCACCCUGUAAAGCUCAAUAUUGAGUCGCCAAACCCAUUGUACAAAGACCAUUCGAGACUAUUCGAGAAGGGGAUACGCCCUUACAAGGUCUUAAGAGGGUCGAAAGGAAAUUUUGAGAGAUUUCAUUCUAAAUUUAUCGUCCGGAAACGAAAAUUCUACAAAUUAGGGAAGGUCUUCCAAGUCUUAUGGCCUGAGCCGCAAGGAUCAGUCGUUGCAACCGAGAAGUCUUCCGGUACGACAAAGAUCGCCUCCGAGGAUCCUGCCAACUUUGAGGGCCACUAUGCGAAGGUCCGAUGGUUUGUUGUAAUCCUAGAAGGAUCUUCCUUCUCCUCUUGCCUCCCCAUUCAAACGUAUGAGGGACGGGGCGUGAGCAAGCCCAGUGUUAACAAAAGCCACCAUUGCAUUGCCUUUACGAGCCAGAAGGCUCCAGAGGAACACCCUUCGGAGGCUCCAAGUGCUUGGGACACGGGCGGUAUGAGGAAACCGAUCCGCAUCAUAACUCGGAGUAAGACGGAGAGCCUAGUUAUCAUGUCUCGACUGAAUUAUGCAAAAGUGUAUACUGUUGAGCAUAAUGUCAAGUCAUACGAUUUUGGUAAUGUUGCCGAGGGAUAUCUGCAUCGGUUAAGUGCCUCUUUCAAGGCGGUAUCUGGUGAAAUGAGGGAAGCCACGCUAGGCUCGCGGACGUUGGAGCCCAGAGAUAGUGAUGUGGAAGAGGAAGAUGAGGAAGAGGAUGAUGAGGAUGAGGAUGAGGAUGAGGAUGAGGAAGAGGAAGAUGAGGAUGACGAAGAUGAGGAUAAGGAUGAGGAAGAUGAGGGUGAGGAAGAGUCUUUUUCUCACGCCCGAGGAGGUGUCUCUUACACAUCAGCUUGACCACCUGUCGUCCGCCACGCCAGACUUUGGAUGUCAGUUCUGCAGUGUGUAAUUGGGCAAGUUCAUGAACUCUAGGCCAGUGGUCCAGAAGUUGAGUUUAGCAGGACUCUGCACCAACUUUACGGUGGGUAGCACCGCAUCUAUGUCUUUUUCUAGAGCCAAACUGUCCUUGGAAGAGCGUAGUCGCCCCUGAGCACGAAAUUUACGACGCUACGCUUGGCGACGAGGAACCAAGGUCGAUUGAAGGAUUUCGGGAUCUAUUGCACUUACGUAUACCAUUUGGGACCUGCCUGGUAGCUAGGUAUCACUGUAUUGUGAUACCAGCUGUGCAUUUGGCCCAGGAAGGUCGAGAACGUGAGUCAGUGGACAGGAACCGGUCACUGAAUGGUGGUGACAGGUUUUGGCCAUUGACAAAUUCUAUUUCUUUGAAUCACUUUUCUUUUUGAAUGUUAUUUUAGUAUCAUUUACUUACCCUAUGUAUGUAUU